AUGUUGCCUUCGGAUAUGAUGAUGUCCCACGAACAUCCAGGUUGCCUUCGGAUUUUAUCAGUUGCCUUCGGUUUAGUCAGCAUGCUUGACAGUUGCCCCACGAGUUCUAUGGUACCCGAACUCGUGUGGAGCGAGGACGCGGAUCAGGUUGACCAAGGUCCCCUGAAUCCUGCGAGGUUGUGGCUCGGAUUGACUUUAUGUCACCUAGACCUGCGAGGACGUGUCACCAAUGGUGAUGCGAGGGGAAUUGACGGAUAUCAGGAAUUGAUGAAAACACAGGGUAACACCUAG